CCGGGCCGGGCCGGGCCAGGACGGGGGGCGGCGGCGGGCCUGGCCCGGGAUGGCGAUGUUCCGGAGCCUGGUGGCCUCGGCUCAGCAGCGGCAGCCUCCGCCCGGGCCUGCGGGCGGCGACAGCGGCCUGGAGGCGCAGUACAGCUGCCCCAUCUGCCUGGAGGUGUACCACCGGCCCGUGGCCAUCGGCAGCUGCGGCCACACGUUCUGCGGGGAGUGCCUCCAGCCGUGCCUGCAGGUGCCGUCCCCCCUCUGCCCGCUCUGCCGCCUGCCCUUUGACCCCAAGAAGGUGGACAAGGCCGCCCAGGUGGAGAAGCAGCUGUCCUCCUGCAAGGCGCCCUGCCGGGGCUGCAGCAAGAAGGUGACCCUGGCGAAGAUGCGCGUCCACGUCACCUCCUGCAUGAAGGUGCAGGAGCAGAUGGCCAGCUGCCCCAAGUUUGUCCCCGUGGUGCCCACGUCCCAGCCCAUCCCCAGCAACGUCCCCAACAGGUCCACCUUCGCCUGCCCCUACUGCGGCGCCCGCAACCUGGACCAGCAGGAGCUGGUGAAGCACUGCGUGGACAGCCACCGCAGCGACCCCAACCGCGUGGUGUGCCCCAUCUGCUCGGCCAUGCCCUGGGGCGACCCCAGCUACAAGAGCGCCAACUUCCUGCAGCACCUGCUGCACAGGCACAAGUUCUCCUACGACACCUUUGUGGAUUACAGCAUCGACGAAGAGGCCGCCUUCCAGGCUGCCCUGGCCCUGUCCCUGUCGGAGAACUGAGGGCCUGGGCCCGCGCUGGGUGACGACGGUGCUUCCGGCCGAGCAGGCGGCCUGGGGCGGGCGCCGGCCCAAGCUCUUCCAAGCCAUGACGUGCUGCUGGCGUGCAGGGGUCGCCAGCCCCGAGCUGUGCUCGCAGGCCGCACCCGCCCUGGCCGUCGUGGUCUAGGAGCUGCGUUUUCUACACUGCGUGUGACGACUUCUCACGUUUUUUAGAGCCGAGAGCAGCUGCCCUUCACGUUGCAAUACCCGUGUUUGACUAGGGAGCAUAGUAUUUUUAUGGAACAUUUACAAAUUAUAUUUUUUAAAAAAAAUACUCAAAAAUGCAGCACAGAGGAUGGGCGGGAGGAGGGAAAGGCAGAGAGGCCGCAGCUGGGCCCUGCUGGACGCCCACUGUGGGCAGGGCCCCAGCCAGGGUCUCCUCCUCUGUGACAAGGCCCAGGAGGAAGCCCCGGGCCCCGACCACCGCUGCCCCAGGGGCAGGACAGGGGCCGUGGCUGACUGCGGCCCCCCGGCGUGGUAGGAUGAGGGGCGGGGGGCCACGCUCUGCUGUCCACAGCACAGCUGGUCUCGGUCUUUAAAGAGGUUUAAAUAAAACGUUCAGAGCACC